AUGGAAGCCACAGUUUCUGAAAUUCAAGUCGAAAGCAAGGAUGAGAAGAGACCAACAGAAGUCAGUCCUCAAGACGAGCGGCAGGAGGAAAAAGCAUCAGUGCUUUGCUUCAAGAGAAGAAAGAAAGCAGCCAAAGAGAUGAAGCCCAAAGCUAGCUCUAAAGCUGCUGGUGCAGCAAGAACGGGUCCCCCAGAGGCGGGAGCUUCUGAUCAGCCCCAGGCCCCAGUGGGGGCCUGGGCGUCAAUCAAACGUCUUGUAACACACAGGAAAAGGUCAGAAGCUUCAAAGCAGCAAAAGCCCUUUGAGGCUAAAGUGCAACCUGAAAUCAGUGCCGAGGAUGCUGAUCUUUCUAGGAAAAAGGCAAAAUCCAGACUCAAGAUUCCCUGCAUAAAAUUCUCAAAAGGAGAGAAAAGAAGUAAUCAUUCCAAAAUUAUAGAAGACUCCGACUGCAGCCUCAGAGUCCAGGGAGAGGCUGAACGUUUGGAUACGGAAGCUCCGACCCAAUCCGACGAGCAGGCAACCACGCCCAAGUUGCCCCAGGAUGUGAGUAAAGCUGUCUCACAGAAAGGGGGCGAUGAGGUCUGUGAGCCAAACGGGAGCCACAGCACAACGGCACCUGGGGAAAAAGUGAUUGCAGUAGAACUUGGGUUAGACACGGGGCAUUCUGCCAUUCACACAGGAACUCUAGUCAUUGAACGAGAUACUGAAACAACUGAGGAAAAACAAAGCGUUCAACCCCAGGAAGCAAGCCCACUUGAAACUUCAGAAACACAACAGCAACCCCCUUUGGUUUCUGAUGUUCCUCCCUCACCUGCAGUCCCAGAUCAGCAAAUUGUGGAAGAAGCCAAAAGCAAUAUCCUAGAAAGUGGACCAAAUUGGAAACAGCACGAAAGUGGAGAGAUUGUUGCUGAAGAGAGUGAGCCAAAAGAUACUGAACUGAGCCAGGAAUCAGAGCUUAGAGGAAAUGAGGUCACUGCAGAGAAACCAAAACCAGAAGAAAGCAAAAGAAUGGAGCCAAUUGCUAUUAUUAUUACAGACACUGAAAUCAGUGAAUUUGAUGUUAAGAAAUCUAAAAAUGUCCCUAAGCAAUUCUUAAUUUCAAUUGAAAACGAGCAAAUAGGGGUUUUUGCUAAUGAUAGUGGUUUUGAGGGUAGAACUUCAGAACAAUACGAAACACUCUUAAAAGAAACGGCUUCUUCUCUUGUCAAGAAUGCUAUUCAGUUGUCUAUAGAACAGCUGAUUAAUGAAAUGGCCUCUGAUGAUAAUAAAAUAAACAAUCUUCUGCAGUGA